ACAAACUGCCACAAAUGCUCAGUAUUUAAUGUUCUCUCCAACGGGACAAAGCAAAAUAAUUUGUAAUUUUUAUGAGUGUGAAAGUCUAAUUGUGUUGGAUGUGCGAAUUGUAUCAUAAAGAUAAUAAUACAGAUAGCAAUAAACUUAUUGAAAAAUAGUGGGAACUUGAACUUGAAGUUGCAAAGUUUUCAAAAACAAAUAAUAUUAUUAUAUUCACAGAUAACCAGAAUGUUAUAACAAUUAUAUAAUCGUUACUCAAUUAAUUGCUAAUUCUAAACAAGUGUAUUGAUAUCAUCUCGAUUUUCAUCUAAGCGAUUUGUUUUUAGCGACUGGUGACCAAUUGUUAUUGUAGAUUGUUGUUGAAAUGAGCUCUUGGAAAGAUAAUAAAGAGAUCGAAAUAUUUCGUGAAUAUCUGCGGAUACCAAGUGUACAUCCAGAUAUAGACUAUGCACCCACUGUGGAGUUUCUGAAAAAACAGGCCAAUGACCUAGGAUUGCCAAUUGCGGUGCUUCAUCCCGGUAGUGUGGAGAAGCCAACUGUCGUAAUUACAUGGGUGGGACAACAGCCGGAACUACCGACCAUUAUGUUGAACUCACACAUGGACGUGGUGCCAGUUUAUCCCGACAAGUGGACGCAUCCACCUUUUGCUGCCGAAAUAGACGAGGAAGGUCGAAUAUUUGCACGAGGUUCACAGGACAUGAAAUGUGUGGGCAUGCAAUAUCUGGCAGCCAUACGAGCGCUGCGUAAAAACGGCGUGACCCUGAAACGCACAGUACAUGUAACAUUUCUACCAGACGAAGAAAUCACUGGUCCAAUGGGUAUGAAGGCCUUUCUACAAUCUGAAGAUUUUAAAAAACUAAAUGUUGGCUUCUGUUUCGACGAAGGCAUUGCAUCAGCCGAUGAAACAUUUCCAGUUUUCUAUGCAGAAAGAAGUCUUUGGCAUGUGCAUUUUAUAAUUAGUGGCAAUGCCGGACACGGUUCGCUGUUGCACAAAAAUACUGUAGGCGAAAAGUUGAACUAUAUUCUGAGCAAAUUGUUUGAGUUUAGACAACACGAAGUCGAUCGUUUGAAUAAAGAUAAAUCUCUGCAACUUGGCGAUGUCACAACCAUCAAUUUAACCGUUGUAAAAGGUGGUGUACAAAGCAAUGUGGUGCCACCGGUUAUAGAAGCCGUUUUCGAUAUGCGCUUAGCGUUGAACGUAGACCACGAUGUUUUUGAUAGACAGCUCAAAGCGUGGUGCGACGAAGCUGGCGGCGGUGUGGAAAUCGUAUAUGAGCAGAAGGAGCCGCAGGUCGCGGCUACAAAAAUUGAUAACUCCAAUCCAUACUGGUUGGCAUUUGAGAAAACUAUGAAAGAUUUAAACCUUAAAAUCCAACCACUUGUGUUUCCUGCCGGCACAGAUAGCUAUUAUAUACGCGCACUGGGCUUGCCCGCCAUAGGUUUUUCGCCUAUAAAUCAUACGCCCGUGUUGUUGCAUGAUCACGAUGAAUUCCUGCAAGCGGACGUCUACUUAAAGGGCAUUGAAAUUUACAAAAACAUUAUAUCGGCUGUUGCUAAUGUUGAAAAAUCAUAAAACUGGAAUUCUAAUUUAUAUUCCAUUUUUAAUAUUUUUCUUGAAUUAUUCAGUGUGAAAGUCGGUUGGCUUAACAUACUAGAAAAUCAGAAAUUUAAAAUAAAUAAAAUUUACAAAGCUUA